AUGGAGCACACGUGUCCACAAUGUGGGCGCAAGGAACAGGCAAGUGGUGCACUACGGCCCAUAAGCUCAGUACACAGUCGAGACGGCCCCAUUUUUGGGGUGCAGGUGCAGCAGGAGUUACGGGUGCAGGUCAACUGGUGUCUGCAGGCGAUGGCUGGUAUCUGUGGCUUCACAAGUAUGGUACACUAUGGCUGUAGCUUGCCUUGCCAACACUCGCACCAUGUAGACAAGCUGGCAGGCAGGGAUGGCUAA